AUGAUGCUUCCAACUGCCGACCAGCAAACUGAUGUUUGGAUUGAAACAAAGUCUGAAAAUGGGAAAUGCUACUACUACAAUGCAAAAACCCGGGAAACCACAUGGACCAAACCCGAAAAUGCAAAGAUUUUAACUCAAGAGCAAUAUGUGCAACAGAACACCGUUGCAAGUACCAACGGAGUAGUGAAAACUGAAAGUGUGUUUCCGUUUAAUCCCGCCAUGCCGCCGAAUCAGUGGAUAGGUCAACAGUCAAUCAUCCCGUCAGGUGUUGAUCAAUAUAAACAACAACUUCUUUUCAAGAUUGACCCCGAAUUGCGUUUACAGGCGGCUGACUGGAGUGAGCAUAAGACCCCUGAUGGAAAAUGUUACUUUUUUAAUACUAAAACUCAGCAGUCUGUUUGGGAAAAGCCCAAAGUUCUGAUACAAGUCGACGGUAUUUGCUCUAAUGCCAUUGAGGCAGUUAAACGUCAAGAGUCUGAACAAAAUGACAAGGAAAAUAUUAAAUCUGAGGUAAGAAUGCAAAAGCCAGAGGCUUCGGAAGUGGCGCCGAAAAAAGAAGAGCCGCGAGAUAAAUCUAAACCCGUUUCAAGUAAGCCAAUUACUGGAACUCCAUGGUGUGUUGUUUGGACCGGAGACAAUAGAGUUUUCUUCUUCAAUCCUAGCACCAAAACUUCUCUUUGGGAAUGUCCUCCAGAGCUGAAAAAUCGCCCUGAAAUAGAAGAGCUAACUAAGGCACCUCCAAAGGCAAACGAUCUUGAUAAUCAAAAUCAAUCUGAUAAUAAUUCUGCCCCCCUAAAACGACCUAUUGAAGAUGAGGAAGCAACCAACCACGUUGAAACCAAAAAGUCCAAAUUAAACAACGAUGAACAACAAGUUCCAGAGAAAAAGGAAAGCAGCACUAACAACAGUGCUGCUGAAAGUGAAGCCUCGGCAGCAAAACUGCGACAGAGUUUGCCAAUUGAAGAACGGACGAGCAUAUUUAAAGAAAUGAUGCUCGAAAAAGAGGUGUCUGCCUUUUCAACAUGGGAAAAAGAGUUGCAUAAAAUUGUCUUUGAUCAGCGGUACCUUUUGCUGACAUCUAAAGAGCGUAGGCAAGUGUUUGAACAGUUUGUAAAGGAGCGAGCCGAAGAUGAACGAAGGGAAAAGCGGCAACGACAAAAGGUGUAUCGAGAGCAAUUUUUUCAGUUGCUUGAAGAAUCAAACAUCACUUCUCGUACAACGUAUUCGACAUUUUCACAGAAAUUCGGCAAAGACAGCCGAUUUCGUAAUGUUGAUAGGUCUCGCGAUCGUGAGUCGUAUUUUAAUGAGUUUAUUUCUGAUUUGACGAGGAGAGAACGCGACGAUAAAGAGAAAAACAGAGAAAAGGCGAAAGCCAACUUUUUAGAGUUGCUAAAGGAGCAGGACUUGACUGGAAGUAGCACUUGGUCAAGUGUGAAAGAAAAGAUUCGUGAUGACUCUCGCUACAGGGCACUGGAGAGCAGUUCCACCAAAGAGGUGAUAUUCAAAGAAUUUAUCUCUAGGAUUAAUCAAGACACUACUAAUGUCGACAUAUCGACUAAUAUCGCUGAGAGUCUCAAGCAAAAGGAAAAGCAGGAAAAGAUUGAAGCCAGUAUUCGAGAGCGCGAAAAGGAGGUGCAACGUGAACUUUCCGCUUCUUUACGACAGCGUGACAAAGAGCGAGAUGCUCAUUUGCACGCGGAGACCAUCGAAAGCUUUAAAGCUUUGCUCAUUGACUUGGUCAAGAUACAUAGCAUCAGCUGGCGGGAAGCUAGAAAAAUGUUUAAAAAAGACCAUCGCUGGGAGUUAGUUGAAUCACUGGAUAGAGAUGAAAUGGAGCAGCUUUUCGAGUCUCACAUUGAGGUGUUGGUUAAAAAGAAGCGGGAAAAGUUUCAUUCAAUGCUGGAUGAAAUCAAAGACCUGGGCUUGUCAACCUCCUGGCGAGACGUUCGCAAGCUGAUCUGUAAUGACUCGCGCUAUUUAAAGUUUUCUUCCAGUGAUCGAAAGUGUGAGCGUGAGUACAAUGAGUACAUGAAGGCCCGACUAUCUACGGCUAAAAGCGAGUUUUCCGAGCUGUUGAAAGAGACCAAGCUGAUCACUUACAAAACAAAGAAAAUGAUGGAAGAAUCAGAGCAAAUCCUGCAGGACAUUAUGGCCGUUCUGCAGAACGAUAAGCGCUAUUUGGUACUGGAGAACUUUGCCGAUGAUCGCCGGCAAAUUCUCAUCAACUACAUCUCUGAACUGCAUCGACUUGGACCACCCAAACCCAUCACUGCGUCCGAGCCUCCUCGACGAAAAUAA